ACAAUCAUCAAAAUGCAUGGACAAGUUUCAAACGAUGUAGAGGUAGGAGUGCCAGUUGAUAUGGUUUGGGAUAUCUAUGGUACUCUCAAAUUAGCCAAGGUUUCCGCUGAACUACUCCCCGGCAUCGUCGAAAAGAUCGAAAUUCUUGAAGGCGAUGGAGGGGUUGGCACCAUGAUGAAGGCUACGUUUCCUCCAGGAAGUGGUUUUGAUUACACUAUAGAGAAAUACACAAUACUUGAUCAUGACAAACACUUGAAGGUAGCCGAGAUCAUUGAAGGAGGUCCAUUAAAACUUGGGUUCAGCUUGUAUCGAGUUCGGAUUGAAACAAUAGAGAAAGAUGACAAUUCAACUAUUAUUAGAUCAACCAUUGAGUACGAAAUCAAAGAAGAGUUUGCCUCCAAUGCUUCUUUCGCCACUACCGCACUUUUAGAUCUCCUUGCUAAUGCAAUUGGAAAGUAUCUUGUUGUUGAUCAAAAGAAAGCUGAUGAGUAG